AUUCCCAAAGUUUUCAGACGUCCUACCUACUCUCCGUCCCAUUAUUGCCCGCUAUUUUAAGUGUUUGGGAGCCGAGAGGGACCAGAGAAAGUUUAAUUUGUGUUGGAGCAGGAGGACUUGUGGGACUUGAGUUCAAUGGGAGUAUAACAUAAACAGUAACCAUAUUUUUGGGGCAAGACUGACAAACUGCACAAGCUAAGCAAAGUGAACAAACCACCAACACGGCUCUCUACAAAAAAAAGCUGAUUCGAACGAAAUUCGCUUUGAGAGACCAUGUUACUGGACGCAGGUCACCAGUUCCCCGGACUGGGAGUUGGCACGUUUGCCAGGCAUCACACAGCGAGCGAGAUGCAGGAGAGAGACUUGAGUUUAGCACAAAAUAGCUUCGUCGACUCGGCACACAUGGGUGCGUUUAAACUGAACCAUGAUCUUUCUCCGGGACAGAGCUCAGCCUUCACCUCUCAGGCGCCCGGCUACCCCACAGCAGCAUUGGGUGCACACGCCGCCCAUGUCACCUCGUACGCGAGUUCCCCAUUCAACUCCACCAGGGACUUUCUUUUUCGCAGCCGCGGCUUCGGAGAAUCCUCUCCGGCGAGCAGUCAGCACGCUAUUUUCGGCCCCACUACCGGGUCGCUCCAUCAUUCCCACACAGACAGUCAAGGCCACAUUCUGUUCCCCGGGAUUCACGACCAGCAUGGGUCCCACGGAUCCCCGAAUGUGCUCAACGGGCAAAUGCGUAUUGGACUACCAGGUGAGGUUUUCGGGCGUUCCGACCAGUACCACCAGGUCUCCAGCCCAAGGACCGACCCUUAUUCGGCCGCCCAGCUCCAUAACCAGUACAGCAGCAUGAAUAUGAACAUGGGUAUGCACAUGGGAGCUCACCAGCACCACCCCGGUGCCUUUUUCCGCUACAUGCGGCAGCAGUGCAUCAAACAGGAGCUCAUCUGCAAAUGGAUCGACCAGGAGCAGCUAAGCAACCCCAAGAAGAGUUGCAACAAAACUUUCAGCACAAUGCAUGAGCUGGUCACGCACGUCUCCGUGGAGCACGUCGGAGGACCGGAGCAGAGCAACCACAUUUGCUUUUGGGAAGAGUGCCCCCGCGAGAGCAAACCGUUUAAGGCAAAAUACAAACUGGUGAAUCACAUUCGGGUCCACACGGGAGAGAAACCCUUCCCCUGCCCCUUCCCUGGAUGUGGCAAGGUCUUCGCACGGUCGGAAAACUUGAAGAUUCACAAGCGCACACAUACAGGAGAGAAACCAUUCCAGUGUGAGUUUGAAGGCUGCGACAGGCGGUUUGCCAACAGCAGCGACCGAAAGAAGCACAUGCACGUUCACACGUCAGACAAACCAUAUCUUUGCAAGAUGUGUGACAAGUCCUACACACAUCCAAGCUCUCUACGAAAACACAUGAAGGUCCACGAAGCGGCCCCCCCUCCAGCGUCCGACUCCUCGCCUGCAGCCAGUUCUGGUUAUGAAUCGUCCACUCCACCCGGUCUCGUCUCCCCUAACACCGAGACCCAAAGCAACAACAAUCUGUCCCCCGCAGUCCACAACAACCACAAUGGUCACAGCAGCCUAUCGUCCAAUUUCAGUGAAUGGUAUGUUUAGGACUGAACCGAAAAGCGAAUACAAGACCAUUGCUCAGAGCCCCUACCAGCGCAGGAGUUUCGGACACUUGUGCACCGAGGAGAGCACGAAUAACCUACUAUGAACGCUUCAAAAUCAUAAAAAGCGAUUCAAAACCACCAGGGAAGAAAUCUCACUUACCAACAGAAGAAAAUAUGUGAUAUGUUUAAGCUGUAUUCAAUAUAUUUGUAAAUAUUACACGCCCUCUUUCCCAUUGGUUGUGAUAGAUUUUGUCAGUCUGUGGUGUAUAGAUGUUCCUUCAAUGGUAGCUAUUUCUCUAACUGGACUUUUAGUGCACAUUUUACGAUUCAAGUUGUAUUAUGAUGUUUAAUAUUGUGAUCCUAAGGCAAAUUGAUUGUAACUAUACUAAACAUCUAUAAACUGGAAAGAGUGCCAAAGUCAACACUUAACUCAAACAGACCACAAUAUUUUGCUUGUGAAUGUAUAUUUAGUUUGCUGGGCUUAACUUGUGAUGUUUUGUGCUUUGGAAGUUUUGAAUUGUGAAAUGCUAUCUGGAAGAUUGUGAG